AUGAUCUCACCCAACUUGACACUUGGGUCACACCAGUUCACUGCUCCAAAUGGAAUCACCUUCAACUACCUAAUCCGUGGUCAGGGUCCUCUGGUUAUUUUUCAGAGUGUCGGAUGGGGACCGUCAAUGCAUAUGUACACGAACAGCAUGAAGGAACUAGAAGAGGGCUUCACGGUGCUAUACUUUGAGGGGCGUGGAAGUGGGGGCAGCUCUCGUCCAUCAGCUGAUGAAAUGAGCACAAGGGUCAUGGGUUCAGACUUGGAUUCGCUACGCAUUCACCUAGGACAGGAGAAGCUGCGACUCCUCGGCCACUCUAACGGUGGUGCUAUCGUCCUAGCAUACGCCGAGGACUUUCCGGAUAAAGUUGAGAAGCUCGUGCUGAUCAAUCACGAGCUGCAAGGUUUCAGCUCUGAUAACUCCGCAACCUAUGCCGCUGCUCGUCAGGAUCAUCCUGUGUACGGACCGGCAUUGAAGAAUAUCUACAAGUUGAUGCAGCAGCCUCCCUCAACCGAUGAUGAGUUUGCUGAGGUAUUACACUCAGUUCUUCCUUACUAUAUGCACGACACAAACAAGACCUCUUUGCUAGCUGAUGCGCUGCAAGGAGGAUCUCUCUCAGUAUGGAACUUUGUGAACCAGCAGAGAUGCGACAGGGAUUUGAAAUUCUCCGCCGUUGAAGGGUUAUCGAAGGUUCAGGCCCAGACACUUGUCAUAAAUGGAAGGGAUGAUGGAGUAUGUUCAGAAGCUGCCGCUCGGAAAGUUGCCGACGAACUUGGCUCCAAGGCGGAAUUGGUACUUAUCGAGGAGGCUGGGCAUGUACCUUGGCUGGAAAAGCCGAUUGAAUUCUUUUCUUCUGUCAAAAAGUUUCUGAGUUCCUAA